GGCCUUGCUUUUGGAGUUUUUUGACAACGGGAGGAAGCUGAGCUGAACACAAUGGCCAUUUCUGUUCAGUGAAAAGGACAACAUUAUGGGAGGCGGAGGCAAAGGGAAGGGCAAGGGCAAGCGGAAAGGCAAGAAGGGCAAGAAGGGCAAGAAGGCCGCAGCCGAGGUGGACAUCCUGAGUCCGGCCGCCAUGCUCAACCUCUACUACAUCGCCCACAACGCAGCCGCCGGCCUCGAAUUCCGCGGCUUCCCCUGGCCGGACUCACCCAAAAGGAAGAAGGGCAAGAAGCGCAAGUAACGGGCAGGACGAGGAGGAGGAAGAAGACUUUCGGGGGGUAAACAAACAAACAAACAAAUACAAACAACUUCGGGUUUCUCACUUUGCCAAAAAUCAACGAGGGGGAGAAGAUAGUGUUGUCGAGGAAGUAAAGGUUUGCAUCUGAGGGAAAGG